GCCUUAUUUGUUAUUUUUGUAUAUCGUACUUCUUUAUUGCCUGAAAUUAGACGAUUCAUUGAUUUCAUUAAAAAAAAUUUCGAUUGAAAGAAACCGAUCAUGACUAUGAAUAAAUUGGAUGCCACACUGGACGAUGUGCAGAAUACGCGUUUCGGCAAUAUCUAUCAUGAUCUGAUCAAGCAAAUGGCCAAGACGACACAAUUUACGGAGAGCGAAGUUAGCAGCAUUCUAAUGGUAUACCAUAAAUUUGUCUUGGCCAACGGUUCCAAAGCGAAACACAUGACAAAGAAGCAAUUCUUCCACCUCUUCUUGGUACUAUUCAAGAUUUUCGAUUUACAAAUAAUCGAACGCAUACUGCUGCAUAUCACGCUGGAUAUGAAAAAAGAGGUGGACGCUGUCGCAUGGGUGCGACUCUUCUCCGUCUUCAUGACCAAUAAAUUGGAUCAGAAAAUUAAAUUCACUUUUCAAAUUUACAAUGUGCAUGGCAAUGGAUUUCUGAAUCGUGAAAUUGUACAACAUGCUGUGGAGAAAUUCUUCGUCGGCGACGAUGAGGACGAAGUUAAUGAAUUGCGUUCGGAUAUGGUUGAUUUGUUGUUUAAAAAAUUCGAUGUUGAUAAGGAUGGUGUUAUAUCGUUCGACGACUAUUCGCAGGUAGUGAUGAAACAACCGAUGCUUUUAGAGUUUUUGGGGCAAUGCUUUCCGUCGAUAAUUGGUACAACGGUAAUUGCGCUUUGUGCGAAUAUAAUGUCGAAAGUCAAUUUAGAUAAACCAUGUUUUUAGUUUAUUUCGUAAAUAUACUCGCACAUAUAUAUUUUUAUGACUUAUUAUAUUUGAAAUAAAUUAAUUAAUGGAAUUAAUGAUUUUUUUA